CAAGCCGCUGUCUCUAUAAAUUUGCUAAGGAGAUUGAAGCCUCACACAGAACCUGCUAAUUUCUUGCUGCCCGUUUGACACUUGAGAUUCGACAAGAAAAGAAAUGAGAUUUCAGAGCCGGAACAUCAGAAUGCUUCUGCAGUUUUUAAGACAAGGGGGCAAAUGGCAAGGCAGCAUUCCGGUUUCUACUGCUGGCAGUGCCUCAGAAAAAGCUCUAGCUCCGUGUAGGCACAAUUCUAUCCCCGGUCCCACGAACUGGCCUGUACUGGGGAGUCUACUAGAGAUCAUCAGGAAAGGAGGACUCCAAAAGCAGCACAAAACACUGGUGGAAUUUCACAAGAAAUUUGGGAAAAUUUUUAAGAUGAAGCUGGGUCCUUUUGAAUCCGUUCACAUUGGGGCCCCGUGUCUUCUCGAAGCUCUUUAUCGCAAAGAAAGUAAUUACCCUCAGCGCUUAGAGAUCAAACCGUGGAAAGCCUAUCGGGAUUACAGGGACGAGGCGUACGGGCUGCUUAUACUGGAAGGCAAAGAUUGGCAAAGGGUGAGGAGUAUCUUUCAGAAAAAGCUGAUGAAGCCAACAGAAGUAUUAAAACUGGACGGAAGAAUCAACGGGGUUCUGAAAGAUUUCGUCGACAGAGUGGAGAAGCUCCGCGAUGAGACCGGCAAGAUCAACGAUUUAUACCAGGAACUGAACAAAUGGUCCUUUGAAACAAUUUGCUUGGUGUUGUAUGAUAAAAGAUUUGGCCUUCUGGAACAAAAUGUCAUUGAAGAAUCUUUGAACUUCAUUCAGGCAAUUAAAAUUAUGAUGAAUACAUUUGGUAAAAUGAUGGUGACUCCAGUUGGGCUCCAUAAGCGUUUAAACACAAAGACAUGGAAGGACCACACAGAAGCUUGGGAUAAUAUAUUCAAAACAGCAAAGUGCCACAUUGAUGGAAGAUUGAACAGGCAUUCAGCCUGUCCAGCCAAUGACUUCCUCUCAGAAAUCUACAAUGGCAGUGAACUAUCGAGAAAAGAAUUAUAUGCAGCUAUCACAGAGCUCCAGAUUGGAGGAGUAGAAACGACAGCCAACAGUUUACUUUGGGCUAUCUUUAAUCUCUCUCGCAAUACCAAGGCACAAGAAGAACUUCACAAAGAAGUGUUGUCCGUGCUGUGUAAAGACCAGGUCCCAACUGCAGAAGAUAUUAAGAAAAUGCCUUACCUAAAGGCUUGUCUAAAGGAAUCUAUGAGGAUUACACCUUCUGUGCCCUUCACGAGUCGCACCCUGGAUGAGGAAACUGUUCUGGGUGACUACUUGCUACCUAAGGGAACCAUUUUAAUGAUAAACAGUCAUGCAUUGGGAUGCAAUGAAGAAUAUUUUGAUGAUGGAAUGCAGUUUAAACCUGAACGAUGGCUACAGGCUAGGCAUACAAUCAAUCCAUUUGCACAUGUGCCAUUUGGUGUUGGGAAAAGGAUGUGUAUAGGUCGGCGGCUGGCUGAGCUACAGUUGCAGUUGGCCCUCUGUUGGUUAGUGCCAAGGUACAAAAUAGUGGCAACUGAUGAAGAUCCUGUGGAAACAUUGCAUUCUGGGACACUGGUGCCUAAUCGUGAAAUCCCAGUGGCGUUCCACAGACGUUGAGGAGCACUGUGAUUCUUCGAGAGCACAGCCCAACCUACACUCUUGUUAAGCUCAGCAUUUUAUAAUCAAUGAAAAAAGGCAUUACGAGGCCAGAAGAAUGUUGUGGGAAUGGAAGGAUUACAACACAUUCACUGACCCACAAAGGUUUACAACAUUUUCAAUCUAAGGCUGCUCUGAUAAGAAAUUGAGUAAUGCAGUAAGUUAUACUGCUAGACGUUUUUGCUUGGCAGUAGCCCUUGCUGGUGAAGUUAAAAACUCUAAUAUCCAACAUUUGAUGCUUAAUAUACCAUCUAAAGUUAAGACAUAAAUUAUGGUUGGCCUCAAUGCUACCUUCUCAAAAUAUGUAAGCAACCAGAAGGAACUCUGAUAUUCUGAAAAUGUCUGACUAUUCCAAUUUAACUCUGAAAUGUAACUAAAGUGAAAAACAUUUGUAUGUCCAGAAACUAGGCAUUUGUUUGGAUAAUACUGACAGCUAAAGGCAAACAACUAUCCACUAUGAGCAUUGCCAACAAAAACAAAGUUGCUGGAAAAGCUCAGCAGGUCUGGCAGCAUCUUUGGAUAAAAAGCAGGGUCAAUGUUUCAGCUCCAGUUCUGAAGAAAGGUCACUGGGCCUUAAACGUUGACUCUGCUUUCUCUCCCCACAGACGCUGCCAGACCUGCUGAGUUUUUCCAGCUAUUUCCGUUUUGAUUCAGAUUUUCGGCAUCUGUGUUGCUUUAUUUUUGUUUCCUUAGAAUUUAUUCCAUGUUUAGAAUCUCAGCUUCUGUUCACCAACUUUGGCAAUGCUCAUAAAAAACAAAAUUCUUGAGAAACAAAAAUAAAGCACCACAGUUGCUGAAAACCUGAGUUAAAAGCAGAAAUCGCUGGAAGAACUCAGCAAGGCUGGCAGCGUCUGUGGGAGGGAAAGCAGAGUCAAUGUUUCAGGUCCAGUGACCUUUCUUCAGAACUGGAGCUGAAACACUGAUCCUGCAUUUUAUUACAGAUGCUGCUGGGCCUGCUGAGCUUUUCCAGCAAUUAUGGUUUUUGCUCUUGGGAGUUUUUCUGGAUUAACUGGCAGAGAGUCACAAUGUACAUAAUCACAAAACAUGUAAGAGGUGUGGAAAUUAGUUUUUGAUCAUGUAAAAUGGGAUGUAUCAUAUUGCUCUGCCCAAUACUCAGUUCCAAUGCAGUUAAUGGGCAAAAAUUUAAGCUGCAGCAGUGCCCCCCCUCCCCCCCAGUUUUCUGGAGAGUUGGCAGCAACCUCACUGCAACCAUUAUGGGAGAACCAUGAGGAUUAAAUUCUCCACAGGCUCUUCUGGCUCCAGUAAGGGCAAAUUCCACCAGAUUGCUAGUGAGGAGUGAAUGUCUGAGAUCAGCUAAUAGCUCUCCAGUCUUGGCUAUGCCAAUAGAAGGCAUGGCCACUUCCCUCACUGCAGUGGAAAGUCCUAUCAGAAUCAUUGCUGGGACCUUCCAAAUAAUAUAAGUGGGUCAUAUUGCUUGAGGGUGGUCCAGUGAGGGGAAAUACAGAAAACCCAUUGUCAAGGACAGCACAGUGACUUUCCAAGGGUCCUGGCAUUUCUGCUAGCAGGUCCAUCUGUUGCAUUCAAGAUGCCUAAGAAAGAAGAAAUUUCCCAUGAGGAAACUAACAUACCCAGAAGGGUUUAUGACACAAUUUUUCCACAUGGCCAGGUGCUGGAUUCUACCAAAGGCAGUGAGAUAUGGAACUUAACCAGCUCUCAGGUGUUCCCUUUGAGUCACAACUGGUUUCCGGUAGGAAGACCAUCCUUGACCUUUCCUACCCUGAAAUUUUAAUCAAGGAGAAUUAGGAAUGUGGAACCUUCAUCUUAUAUUUUCCUGCCACAUGAUAUAGCCACCCACUGCUUUACAGUUGAUCUCCAGGGAGUAUUAAAUCCAAUCCAAUUGAAUUAAAAACCAAGUGGGAAAUACAAUGGCACAUUAUACAAUAUCCUAUUAUCUCUGUUGCGCUAAAUUAAACAAUAAUUUUAUGGUAAAAACCUUAUUAGACAAUGGUAUAAUUGAAAAUAUUAUUACUCAGUUACUUUACAUGGGAAUGCACCAUAUCAAAGUUUAUAGUGAUGCUUUUGUCUCUCUAGUGGUAAAAAAAAUCAGUCACAGAACUGUUAGCCUAUUAUUAGACAACUAUAACAAUGCACUUUUCAAUAGAGUUUGUUUUACUUGGAGAAAAUCUAACAAGUUAGAAACUCAGGGUCUUUGCUAUUAUUGGGCAAUUUUGCACAACUGAAGAGAUUUCUAUGUGUUGAUUUGUAAAUGUCUUUCAAUUUUCUAUUAAAAGUUAGU